AUGUCCGGAUGUAAUCGUAAAAGAAGAUUAUCGAAAUUACCAACUCCUGUUAUUAUCCCACCACCAUCACCUUCUUCAAUAAUAUCAACUUCUUCUUCCUCUUCAACUUCAAAUACUUUAAUCAACAACGUUGUAAAUGGUUGUUUGUCUUCUCCUAUAAGCCCCGCUAAAAGUGAUUCUUUUUUUGACCUGCCUGCUUCUCCUCGUAAUCCUCACAGUCCAACAAAAAGAUUUGUAUUAAAACCUAUAAACGCCAUCACUGCUGCGCUUCAACGAACAACAAUUACUGGUAGCAAUAAUUCAAUACGUAAAAAAUUGGAUUCACCAACAACUAGUAGCUUUAACUCGAACAUUUCCAAUCUAAGAAAAUUUAGACAACCAAAAUCUUCAACAUGUAAAAAAGCUUUACCAAUUGUACCCGCUGAACUCGCCGAAAGAUUACGUGAAUCUUAUCCUUCUUUUAAUUCAAAUACUGAAAACGAAAAUGAAUUAGAAAAGGCGGCAGAAGAAAAUAAAAUGUAUUCAUUAUCAUCAUUAUCGACGACGAUUAAACCAUCACUUAAACCAAUACUUAUUGAUGUACGUAAUCUGGCAUUAUAUGAAAAUGAACAUAUAUGCGAAUCUUUUAAUGUUAAUCUACCAACUUUACUCAUUAAACGAUAUCGUCGCGGGAGUAUGAGUAAUUUCUCUCUGGAUUCAUUUAUCACAACACCUGAAGGACUAUUUGAUGAAACAAUGAAUGAAAAUGAUAAAGUUAGUCCGGGUUGGACAUUGUUAAGUGUUUUAGAACGUGUAAUGAUGUCGAACAACGAUAAUUUAUUAGAAACACCGGAUCCAUUAUCACCAAUGGAUGAUUCUAACAGAGGUAGAGUUUAUUGGCUUAAAGGGGGGUUUGAAGCAUUUAAAUCAUGGGAUAAAAAGGGCGAAUUUAUAAUGAGUGAAGGUUAUCUUGAUUCAAUUAGUAAUUCUUCAUUGGAUGUUGAAAAUCAAGGAGCAAGUUUGGUUAGACGUGAUUCCUUAUUUUCUGUAAAUACUGAAAGAAACUCACUAAGAAGGAAAAAAAAUUUAACUCCUAGUAUACUGGUAACAAACCUUGACAACAGUAACAGGAACGAUGAUUUAGAUUUAGAUUCACCGUGUACGCCACCACCAAUAACACAUCCUGAAGUAGCAUUUGAUGUGUCAACUAUAGUUCCAGAUUUUUUGUUUCUUGGACCUGAAAUAACAAAAGAAGAGGAGGUUGAAGAGUUGGAGAGUAAAGGAAUCAGGCGAAUUUUAAAUAUGGCAUUUGAAUGUGAAGAUAAUCUUGGACUGAAUCAAAAGUUUGAAAAAUAUUUAAAAGUUAGCGUUAAAGAUUUAGUCGAAGAAGAUGUAGAAAAUGGUUUAAAAUUGGCUGUUGAUUUUAUAGACCAAGCAUAUAAUGAUAAUACACCGAUAUAUGUACAUUGUAAAGCAGGGAAAUCAAGAUCAGUAACUGCAGUAUUGGCUUAUUUAAUCAAGUCACGCCAUUGGACACUUCGACAUGCGUAUGAUUAUGUGAUGGAAAGAAGAAGUGGUAUCUGUCCGAAUAUAGGAUUCGUGGCAGAAUUAAUGAGAGUUGAGGAAGGUGUUCUUGGUCAUAAAAGAGUUAAUGGUGCUAUGACACACGUGGGAUUCAGGAGGAAAGAUAAUAUGUUGGAUAUGGAGAGUAUCAAUCCUCUUGGUAAUAUACCAAGGACCGCUUUUUUCUAA